GACAGUGUAUUCGAACAGGUUUUUUUUUAUAUUCUUCUUGUACUAUUGUCAAAAUAGGCAUGCAAAUAUUCUACAAGCGGAAUUGUUAAGUCUAAAGCAUAUGUAGUCCUUCUAAGUACAUGUAUUUAAUUUUUAUAAGUAAUUAUUGAAGUAUGUUACAGUGUCUUAUGGUGUCGUUUAUAUUUUUAAGUCUCUAAUUUGAGUUUCAGUCUAGAGCUUAUUUUGCUAAGAUGGCUCCCUCUAGUUGCUGAAGUGUCAACUAUACGCGUGUCGUCCAUGUUCUGAAUGUGGUGUGACUUAUUUUUGUUUUGUGUUAAUUUUCAUUACGUUACAAUAAAUGUGAAAUGCAACAGCAUGUGUCAUUCCAUAUAGUGGAACCUUGCUCCGGCUGAAUGGAUCCCGCCGUGGCGUGGUAUCAGCCCGAGCAGGAAGGACCCGCGAAGCGCCUGUGGCUUCGUAUCUGGGAAACUCAAAGUGAUAUAGACAAAAUGAACUUAAAAAACUUAGAAAACGCUAACCCUAAUGUGAAUAAAGCACAGGACUUUAUACCAAUAAAUGAUGUGAACGGUGAAAGUAGGAAUAAUAAUUAUUUUAACCCCGCGCGGAGGAAAAUGAACGAUAACCGCGCAUCGACGUUUAACCUGAACAAAAACCACGAUGCUCUCAUUGGUGAAUACGGGGGUUGUCCGUGGCGGAUACCCAACUAUAACUAUAAGCCAGGGAUCUUAGGGUUGCACGAGGAGAUCGAGCACUUCUACCUGUACAUGUCCCCGACGGAGACAGAGCACCUGGUGCGGUCGACGGUGGUGAACCGCAUCCGCGGCGCUAUCAUGGCGCUGUGGCCGCAGGCACGGGUCGAGGUGUUCGGCUCGUUCCGCACCGGCCUGUACCUGCCAACCAGCGACAUAGACCUUGUUGUCAUCGGUCAGUGGGAGAAGUUACCUCUGUGGACGCUGGAGCGGGAGCUGGUGGUGCAAGACAUUGCUGAGAAGGAGAGCAUCAAGGUGCUGGAGAAGGCCACCGUCCCCAUCGUCAAGAUGACAGACAAAUACUCCGACGUCAAGGUGGAUAUAUCGUUCAACAUGAGCAGCGGAGUCAAGAGCGCGGAGCUCAUCAAGCAGUUCAAGGAGAAGUACCCGGUGCUGACGCGGCUGGUGAUGGUGCUGAAGCAGUUCCUGCUGCAGCGCGACCUGAACGAGGUGUUCACGGGAGGCAUCUCGUCGUACUCCCUCAUCCUCAUGUGCAUCAGCUUCCUGCAGCUACACCCGCGCCCCGAGCGCCUGCGCCAGCCGCACAACCUGGGCGUGCUCCUCAUCGAGUUCUUCGAGCUGUACGGCCGCAAGUUUAACUACGUCAAGACUGCCAUCCGAGUCAAGAACGGAGGCUCUUAUGUCUCCAAGGACGAAAUACAGAAGGAGAUGAACGACGGACACCGGCCGUCGCUCCUGUGUAUCGAGGACCCGCUGACGCCAGGCAACGACAUCGGGCGCUCCAGCUACGGAGCGAUACAAGUGAAGCAGGCGUUCGACUACGGGUACAUCAUCCUGCAGCAGGCCGUGGGCGCCCACAGCGCGCUGCUGGCGCGGCACAGCGUGCUCGGCCGCAUCGUGCGCGUCACGGACCACGUGCUGCAGUACCGGCGCUGGGUGCGCGACACCUUCGAGUCCUACUUCUUCCCGCUGCGCCGCGCGCAUCUGUCCUCGCGCGAGCCCUCGCCCGAGCCCUCCGACAGCGAGCCGGAGUGGUCGGACAGUGGGUCUCGCGCGGCAGGUAGCCCGCCCAUCAUCGCGGCAGUAGCGGGGCCCGCGCCCCCUGGCGCGCCCGCGCCUCCCGCGGCCGGCGGUAGGACCUCGCCGCCGCCCCUGUCGGCGCUGCAGUGCUCCUCGCCCACGCCGCGGCGCGUGUCGGCGCACCAGAGCCUGAUCAUCCACCACAUCACCAGCAACUCGGACUUCAACAACAUUCCGAGCCUCGCCCGCUCGCGCCGCGCCACGCGCGCCGAGCCGGAGGAGCUGAACGCGGGGGCCGCGCAGCGGUACGGCGACGGCGGCGCCAAGGCGCGCAACCAGCGCUCGUUCUCCAUGAAGCAGCGCCGCUACUCGUCCCCGCCCGGCGCGCCCCGCUACCGCGCGCCGCCCGACCGCCACAAGAAGCGGCGCGGCGCGCAUGCGCACCACGCGCAGCCGCGCUCAUAGCGCCAGUGGCGGCCCUGGCCGGCACUACGCGCGACCCGGCCCUGGCCGGCGCAGCGCGCCCCGCGACUCGCGCGCCCCCAGCGACACAACACGCCCGUCGACUACUACGCCACCUCGCACCGGGAACCGUACUCUGCAUUACCGCUAUUUACGGAAUACUGAACUACUCGGCACGACAUUGUUUCACCCUGUUCAAAUUGUAGUUCCUAAUUAACGUUCAGUUUCCAAUAGACUGUAAUAAUGUUGGUGCAAUUGGGCAGUAACAUGAACGACACCCAAGUAUUGUGUCAUUCGUGUCACUAUUUAAAGCAACGUAACCAAACCGUCCACCUCCCGACAGCUAGAUGAUCUCAAAAUAGUAAUUGCCGUAGUACAGCAGGCAGUAGAUACAUUCCCCUUGGGUGCGCGGUCAGUGGUCGCGAGCGGUGUGGGUGCAGUGGGCGAGUGGUCCCCGAGGUGGUGGAGAGUGGCCAGGACGGUGGCACCGCAGUCCCGGGCGGGGCGGCCCGCGCCUGCCGCGGUCCGUCCCGCCCGCGGUCUCUGCUUAGCGUAGUCGGACGUACCUGUAGCGUCUCAUGACUCAUGAUAUCUUAUGAAUAUCCAUGUAAUGUAAUGUCGGUAUAUAACUACGUAGCGCUGUCGCUAAGACGAGUACAACUGUCUAGUUUAGUGUUCGCGUGCAGGUCGCGGCCUCCUCAUGUAUUGUUCUUCAGGUUCUAGCAGCUAUAAUAUUACUAGUACGUAUGACUUACGCAAUAUCUUUUAAAAUGGAAUACUUCUGCCUUAUCUACCAUAUUAGUUAAAAUGCAUUAAAAAGUAAAUACAACGAGUCCGUGAGUACAGUACAGCGAUGCAGCGAUGUGGCUGUAUUGCGACCUCUGGUGGCGGCUUGUACUAAUAAUAUUAUUCCCAAUCCUGUACAAAUAUACUAAGUUCAUGUCGGUUACCUGAACAUGGCUCCGCUACACAGGGCGAGCACUGCCUCGCCGCUGUCUAGUCUGCGCUAGUGCCACUAUCGUUUUAGAGUUCGCCAGACAUGUAAGCUACAAUGUGAUUGUAUAGUGGGUGACUUAAUGAUGUCCAGACAAUCGCCAAGACGAACAGGCAGCAAGCGCGGAAAGCACACUAUUGAUAUCGUAAAUAAAAAUUAGCUACAAAGUGAAUAUACAUAUUUGUAAAAUAGUGAGUAAAUGUAUUCCACUGGGAAAGACAUAUUUAUUGACCGACUGGUCGCUCGCGAGUUGUCGUCCCGAGACUCCGGGUCGCGAUACAAUAUUAUUGAAUGAACUCUUGAAGCAUAUUUAUGCAUAUAUUACGAUCGGGAGUAAUAUGACAGGGCGAGACGAUGCGUAUGUCGUUAAGGUCUCCAGCCUCGCCUCCUAGUGACGCGAUCAUAUUUAUUAUAUUUAUUGAUCUAUCGACUGUUAUGUUUGAUUUGUUAGUCAGACUCGUAGAAUCAUGUGAAGUGAAUGGUUAACUUGUUACAUUGUGCAGUACAAACGUAUGUCGAGUUAGCGUAAGGUAGGUUACAGGCUCGAGUGACGGCGCCGGCCGUGUCGGGAGCAUCGACUGUGAUUAACUCGUACUCGUAGAUAAUAAAUACAUAGAUAGCUGAUAUAUUUUCCUACAGUUUCGUUUCUGUGAUUAAAUUAUAGUACUUACAGGUGUUGAUCGGUUUGUGAAAUGAUCAGCUCGAAGUAGACAAAGCAAUGCGCUGGGAGUGUUAUCCCAGGUCUACCAUUAUUGAUACCGGUGACGAGAGAUGCCCAGUGACACGGCUUUUCGUGAUAUUCUGACGACUGUAUUCUGCGAUAGUAUCCUGAUUAAUCUGGAGCAGGAAUAACUAUUUUAUUCUAAUCUCAUAAUAUAUUUAACAUUGUGUCUGUACUGUGUAUUGGUAACCAUCGAUGUAAACGGAUUGACAUAACUGUACAGCUCGCGGUAAUUACCUACUACGGUACCAGUAUACUAAAUGGAUAUAAUUAAUAAAAAAGUUAUGCCGAGCAAUUCCUUGCACCUUUGUUUUGAUUGAUUUUGUUAUUGAAUUCUUAGAUUUACUGUAUGAUUUUAUUAUUGUUCUAGAUUCAAUUAGAAUUUAGUAAAUUUUGUUGAUGUUUGUGCAGCAUUUUGUUUGCGUGGCUCGCACGUUUAGCUAAUUAUACAUCGCGUUCGUAUACAGCGGCGCCAGCGCUGUCAUUGUUUCGUUAUGUUUGUCGCGACUACGUGUACCUGUGGCACUCUGAGUCCGCGCUGGGCUCCGGCCCAACCGACACUGCGGGGCCGAGUUAUGUUCACACUAGGAUAAUUGAGUGCUUUACCUAGCAAUAAUUUGUUAACGUUAGUUUAAUGCACCGGCCACGACAUAUCGUAGUUUUGUUGAUUAUGUUGCGCGGACCGACCGUAGCCGUCGGCCGUAUGUAGCUUGUUCGAAUUUCUUUCCAUGUAAUUGUUUGUAAACUACAGUAGACAAUAGAAUGGGCGACAUGCCCUAGUGCUCGAGCCAGGUCCCAGCUCUAGAUCGUCAUGCUCACUAUAUGUCUCGGCGGGACGGCUCGGGCCGCGGGGAGUGCACGCCACUCUCUGCGAGUGUUCACUACUUGUUCUGGAUACAGCAUAUUGUAUUAUUUCUAUUGCAACUGUUUAACUAGACGAUCGAGUUCGGCCGCCAUCUUGUAUGCAAGUAUAACAUAAUAACGCCAAUGUUUUGAUAAAAAAGUAAAAAUACAUAAAAUAAGAAUAAAUAAAAAUGAUAUUACAUAACGAGUGAACUAAACGAUGUACGAAAGUAGGUUAUAAUAUAUCUGGCGCUGCGAGUCGCUCGUAUUUGUAUGAGCAGUAAGGUUUAUGUUCGCGCGGCUACGGAAGAAUGCAUUUAUCGAGUAGGUUGAGUGGGCUGCCUGCGAGCGACUGGCCGCGCCGGCUGUAGCGUAGAGUUGUUUGUAUAUCUGUCUAUUUAAGUACGUAGCAUAAUGUUAGUGUAACGAAGCAUUGUACAUACGGUCGCGCGGACGACACACAUGUACAUACACGCCUGUAUAUACCAUGUAAAUACACUCGAGAUAUAUAUUUAAUAUUAAUAUAAAUUUGAUUUAAAGAACGUUUUAAAAAUAAAUUAAUAAAAACACAAAAAAAUAAAUAAAGACAUACAGUGAGUAUGAAGUGGAAAAAGCGA